AGCAGAUCUCAUCAGCAUUUUACACUUCUUUUGUCCGUUUCGCUUUUGGUGACUACAUCAUGAUGGAUGUUGAAAACGACUCGAUCAGCAGCAGUCCUUCAGGAGCAUCGAGAGAAUAUAAAGUUGUGAUGCUCGGAGCUGGCGGAGUUGGGAAAAGCGCAAUGACAAUGCAAUUCAUCAGCCAUCGUUUCCCUGACUACCACGAUCCUACAAUAGAAGAUGCUUACAAGACUCAAGUGAGGAUAGAUGAUGACCCUGCAUAUUUGGACAUUUUGGAUACUGCUGGACAGGCAGAAUUCACAGCCAUGAGGGACCAAUACAUGCGAGGGGGAGAGGGCUUUAUAAUCUGUUAUUCUAUCACUGAUCGACGAUCAUUUCAGGAGGCCGCAGAGUUCAAAGAGCUUAUCUAUCGGGUCCGGCACACAUACGAUAUCCCCGUGGUCCUAGUUGGCAACAAAACAGACUUGGAGGAGUACAGACAGGUCUCUAAAGAAGAAGGUAUGGCCUUGGCAAGAGAGUGCAACUGCCCCUUCUUUGAAACUUCGGCUGCUUUGCGCCUCUACAUUGAUGAUGUCUUUUAUGGGAUGGUACGUGAGAUUCGGAGGAAGGAAGCCCAGCUCUCUUCUGAGAAGAAAGUGAAGAGGAGAGACAAUAUCUGGAAGAAGCUGAAAGGCUCCUUCAAAAAGAAGAAAAAAUAAAAGAUACGAAAGAUGUCACUUUCUAAGCAGUCAUGGGUCUAAUUUGUGGAUUGUGUACAAUGGCACACAAGUGCCCUUAUUAUGGAAUUAACUAUCAAUGUGAAGUAACCUGUAAGUUAUUACUUUGGGUGUUAAAUACAUGAUUACACCUGAAAUUCUCUCUCUACACCUGCUUAACCCAUCCCGUCAAUUUUGACAUUGGAUCAUCAAUGCAACUCCAAAUUAGACCCACUUUCUGCCACAUGUCUUGAUCUGUGGAUCUGUAAUGUCAAACUAUUUUUAUUUAGAAGGCAGCAGAGUCUUGAUCUUGGGUUAAUGUCUAGUCACUGUUUUAUACACCCGCGUGAAGUUAUUAAUCAGUGUUAUAUUGAGUACACUUUCAGAAAUUAUUUCCAAACUGUCUUUGUUAAGUAG